AUGGCCCGGACGCCUCUCCUCCUGGCGCUGCUGUCCCUCUGCACAGGUUCCCUUUUGCAGCCUAUGCUGACCCAGCCGCCCUCCCUAUCUGUGGCUCCUGUGGCCACAGCCAGACUCACCUGCACCCUGAGAAGUGACAUCAACGUUGGCAGCUAUGGCAUAUUCUGGCUUCAGCAGCAGCCAGGGCGCCCUCCCCGGUACCUCCUGUACUACAAGUCAGACUCGGAUAAGGGCCAGGGCGCCGGGGUCCCCAGCCGCUUCUCUGGGGCCAAAGACACCUCAGCCAAUGCAGGGGUCCUGGUCAUCUCGGGGCCACAGCCAGAGGACGAGGCUGACUACUACUGUGAGCUGUCCCACGGGGGUGCUUCUCACAGUGACACACCCAGAGGGAAAGUGGAGCAGAAACCUCAGCCUGCUCCGGGCCAUGACCUUGGCUUUCCCUGGUCUCACAUCACCUCAACACCCCCACUGUCCUUAGGGGCGCCUCCCCGCCCCAGUGUCUGUCCUCCCGGUUUUCCGAACUCUCGGGACACACGGAAACAACAGUGCCCGACACACGGAAACAACAGUGCCGUGAUGUUACAGAAACUUUGCCUCGUUAUCAAUGUUUUAAAAUUCUGAAUAA